CGAUCACGCGAGACAGCAAUAUUUUGAUCACACUGACUGGAGUCAUUUGCACGUGAAAAUAAACAGGAAAAUGAUGAAAAACCGUUUUGGCAAGGGGAGACAUAGAAAGUUCCAAGAUGACUGGGAGCGAUCGAAGGAACCCGUGUUGGAAGGAGUGACAUUUUACGCCAAGUACCUUGGCAUGUGUCUGGUGGACCUGCCCAAUGAUGAGGCACACACAACAGACGCUGUCAAGAGGAUAUUGCAUAAUGCAAAAUACAGCAACAAGAUGUUAUUCAAGAAGGUGUCCCUAACCGUCACGCCGAAAGCAAUCAUCCAGACAAACUUGGAGAGGGCGGAAGAUGUUCAAGAAGUUUCUAUACACAGAGUGUCGUACUGUGCAGCUGAUAAGACUAGCGAUAAUAAAGUAUUUGCUUACAUCGCUAACAACAGCAUCAAUGAGGCAUUGGAGUGCCACGCUUACCUCUGCUCCAAACGAAAAAUUGCAGAAGCAUUGACCCUGACGGUCGCUCAAGCGUUCAACAUCGCCUUUGAGCUGUGGGAGGACCAUGAUGAGGGUAACGUUUCAGACGACAGCAAGGAUCCUCUACCAGCUUCACCUCAUCAGAAAUCGGCCCCUCAGAGCAUACCUACCUCCAUCAAUGGAAGAGACCAAGCCAGCUGGUCCUCUGGUACCUCACCCACACUUCCCCCAUCAUUGGAUCCUCCACCUUCAAGCUCAAGGAGGGUACUGACGGUACAAGCAGAGAUCAAUCCCAUAUCAGCAUCGGCUCCCUGUACAGUCCCCGUGAUUCCUCCAAGACGGCACUCUGGCAAACCCUGCUUCUCUCCUCCUCUAGUGAACGGAAUCGGUCAGCAUGACAGCGGAGUCGACUCCUCCGUAGAUUCGAAGGAGCUGGAUGCGACGGCAAAACUCCUUGAUAAAUGGCAUAUUGGAGAUGAUGUUGAUUUGGAUGAGAGUUUUGCAAAAUUGGCAGAGAGUCGGUCCAACCCUCAACUCCUGGACAUCAACGUACGGCGGACUCAAUUCGAUGCCGACAUCAUCGUUCAUUACCAGGGUAACCAGACGGAGAGGGAUCAGUUGUUAACCUCCAGAUCCAGCGAAAACUUCCUUCUAGAUUUAUAGUGAAACAUCUUCUGCAGUCGAAGCAAAUCUUCGCUCGAGUAAGAAAGGCAUUUUGACCUUGAUCAUGGUCCGACCAUCUUGAUUUUCUCCCCUGUCUAAUUAAUGGGUGGGUUUGCUGAGCUUCCUCGUGGCGUCCUUGGUAAUUUUCAUCCAAGAUGGUGGCAGCAUGAUAAAGGUCUAUAAAAGUCUGUUGUUAUAUCUCGGCAACGAUUUCCUAGGAGGGGAACUUCACCAAGCAAUGAUACUCCUGAAAACUUUACCUCUGUAAAAAAUCUUUAAAAGGUCCUGGCCCUCUUUGUGCAGCCGAGCUGAAGGUUUGGUCAAAACAGCUAUACGUCACUGCAGCACAACUAAACUAGCAAAAAACGAGGCUCAAACGUGUCUCUGUUCGGGAAAUGCCAAACUCUCCCUGUCCCACAUCAAUGGAGAAAACUUUGAAACAGACAUGUACAACAACAAAAAAGGCUGGAAAAUGUUACCAUCCAGCAUUGUUGCUUUUCAACCAAAAGCCCAUAAAAAAACUGGCUGAUAUUUCUUGCAUUUCAAAGCAAUUUUGUUUAAAUAAAUAAAAAAUAACAAUUGAAGUGGCUGCACUUUAUGAAGAUUUGUUGCAUUUUGCUUAAUUUGAAGUGCAUUAAUGAGCCGUCUUCAAAAUUAAGAAACCAAAACUACCAGUUUACACUGAACCUUGCUGAGUAAAAAAAAUCUUCCAAGCACAUUUUCAAAGAAAUUUACAAAAUGUAUGUGCCAGUAUCUAAGUUAACUUAAACCUUUUUUAGAUUAUAAAAUAAUCCUAAAUAACUAUCACUUUGUACAAAACUGAACAGUGAAGACGUCCUUAUGCUCUUUGGCUUGACUAAUACACGCUGACAGGUAUUUUGAAGUUAUGAGCUUUUUAAAAAAGCAUUCAAAAUUUCCCACGAACAGGACUCAGUAUCAAACCACUUUGCAGGUUUAAAACAAAGACGCAAGAAAAGUUUGGCUUAACAGACACAGGUUACCAGCCAAAAUUACAAUAAGUUUACACUGUUGUGACUGGUGCCCCACUCAAUUUUUUGCUUAGCAAAUGUGUCGAGCAGUAUAUUCUGCUUAACAGCUUUAUGAAAUUGGGCCCAUAUCAUUAUCGUACAUUUAUGAGCAGUUUUUCUCUUUUAUUAAACACAAGUUUUCAGUGUAACAUAGUUACAGUAUCUACAAUGUACAAUGUCUACUCAGCCAUAAAAAGAUAGUUACUAAAAUAUUAAGAGCACCUUAGAUCCACCCAAACCAUGCCAAGUAUAUUGUGUACGACUGAUCUCAUUCUUGCUUAGCAGCUUUUAAGCAGACAUGCUUACAGAGCAGCCCAUAGCACAGUGUUUUAUUUGAAAACCACUGCUUACUGUAAGCAAAGUAACAGACAUGCUAACUAGCUGGUGGUUUCUUGUAAACCAGGGAAAAUUGUACACAUUUUUCUGCUGUAGAAACACAACAAAAUUUACUUACCAAGAAGCUGCAGAAAGUACCCUGAAAAUAAACCAAUCAUUUCAUGUUCUUCCAUGAAAACCUCCCCCCCCCCCCCCGCCCAAUAUGUCGAAUGAAAUUCGAAACAUUGCCAUGAAGGUUGCACAAAAUCUCCCUGACUGGAAGAUGCAAAUGUUGGCAGCUGCUCUCGGCCCAAGUCAUGGAUCUGCUUACCGCUCUAAUUCGUCGCUUACAAUUACCAUUUUCCACUUGCAUGGGAAGUGCUGAAUUUCUGCGCUAACUGUGAUAGCGUAGAAUGUCUAGUAACGUGGAAGCGCACCCACACAAGCAAAAGUUCCGUGCUAACCCUUGAAAUCUGCUUGGACGUAAGUGCCAAUUCUUCGCUUACAGUAAGCAGACCCAUCAAAUUGGGGCCUGUGUAUUAUCUGUUUAUAGGUAAACAGCUUUUUAAAAUUGGACCCUGUCACCUAAGAUAUCUACAUUUUGUCAAUUACAAGGUCAAGAAAUGCAUCGUAACGGAAGAGUAUUGUGAUUACAAUGUUUACAUUUGCAUGUUUUAAACUUUUAAGCAGCCAAAGUUAUUAAAUAAACUUUAAUAAUAUCAUGAGAUUAUAUUAAUCUCCUGACCAGCAUGCCAAGCAUGUUUGUUUUUCGUUUUCAUAAAAUUUAGAAAUGUUCUUCCUAAAUGUGGAAGAACUAAAAAUGCAAAGAGCUUGGGUCGAUGUCACAAAGGGUUAGGACUAGUCCAAACUUAGGAAUAGGCCAAACUUAGGAGAUAGCUUAAGGCUAUACCUAAGUAAGAAAGACUUGUAGGACGAGUAACUGGUCCUAACUUGAGAUAAGACUAGUCUUUACUCUUUGUGAAAUCCAAACCUGGAACUGCAAUUUUGUUUUUGUUUACAGGACAUUCUUAAUGAACAUUGUAUAAAAGUAUGACAAAGCAUGAUUUAGAAUGCUUACAAAAAUAUAUUUAUUCGACGGAGAGUGUAUAUUAGAAGUGUUUGCUUCAUUCACAGUGGCAGGAUUUGAUGUCAAAGAGUGCAACUUAAGUGCAAUUGUGAUACUAAAUAAUUUUACACCUGAAGAAUGUUCCAAAAUGCUUUUUUCCCCCAGAUAUGCAGAGGUAUGUUUGGAAUUAUGAGACCCUUUUAACAUGUAGUACCAUGGAACGGUUUUCCAGGUACUAUCCUGCCAACUUAAUGUAGUCAACCAUACCAGAAACAUUUGGGCAAACCUCUUUCAUAUCAAGUGUAAUGGGUUCUUUAACGUGCAUUGCGUAACACAUGGGACCUAUGGUUUUAUGUCCCAUUGAAAGGACAAAGCAAUAACGGUUAAGUGUUUUGCUUACGGACACGAGUGUCAAGACCAGGACUGGAACCCACACUCUGCUGAUCAGAAACACCAGAGCUUGAGUCCAGUUCGCUUGACCUGCUUGACCUUGACAACCAGCAUCUCUGUUUGCAAAAGGAAGACUUUUGUAGCACAGAAGACGAUUUUCCUGCAAAUUGAAAUCCCAAAUAAAAUGAUGUGAAAAAUUGAAAUGUGAAUGCUUUCUCUUUGAGAGAAGGUUUGUAUGCAAACCCCUUGGACAUUGAACAGGCCUAGAAUUACACGCAGAGGACAUGGCAACCAUUGCCCCCGGUCUUGGCCUUUGUGCCCCUUCAAAAGUUUCUUUUAGACUUAAAGUUUUCCCAAUGGAAGUGCCCUUUGCAAAAUGAUAAUGGCCUUGCCCUCUCAAAGAUGAAAUUCCAGACCUUAUUGGGUCCAGAGUUGGAAUAAUUUCAAUGAAUAUGUAUGACCCAUUAAUACUGUGACCCAUGAAUGUUAAUGAAACAUGAAUAUUCAUGACUUAUGAAUAUUGAUGAUACAUGAAUAUUCAGGACAUCAACGUGGUCCUUCUCUGUGAAUGAAGCUAUAUAAGGAACAAGUUAGACUACUCUUUGAGGGAGUUAUUAAUACUUAGAUAAUUCAUUGUAAAUAAUAAUUGCAUGUUGUGUAAUCAUUAUCAGCACAUCAUUAUAUUAAUGGUUAAAGGUAGUGGACACUAUUGGUAAUUACUCAAAACAAUUAUUAUCAUAAAACCUUUCUUGAUUACGAGUAAU